AUGUCCAUUAAAGCAGUUAUUGUUCUUUUGGCUUUAGCCCUUGUGGCCGAGGCCAGCAUAUACCGCAUACCCAUUGAACGGGUUAAGGUCACCAAAAACAAGGCCAACGAAUUGAUGAAACUCCGGGCCAAAUACAACUUAUUGGACACACCCGUCAAGGAGAGUUUGCUGAACUAUGCCGAUGAUUCAUACUAUGGUCGCAUCACAAUCGGUACACCUCCUCAGGAAUUUUUGAUUCUCUUCGAUACUGGAUCGUCGAACUUGUGGGUUCCUGUCGCUCCCUGUGCCGCAAAUAAUACUGCCUGCCAAAAUCACAAUACCUAUGAUCCCAAUGCCUCAUCUACCUAUGUGCCAAACGGUGAAGCCUUCUCCAUUCAAUAUGGCACUGGCAGUUUGACUGGUUAUUUGUUGCAAGACACUGUCACCGUUGAAGGUUUGGUAAUUCAAGAUCAAGUUUUCGCCGGCGCCACCAAUGAACCUGGCAACACCUUUGUCGAUGCCCCAUUCGAUGGUAUUCUGGGUAUGGGCUUCGUCACCAUUGCCGUAGAUAGUGUUACCCCACCCUUCUACAACAUGUACUCGCAAGGUUUGUUGGGCGCCAAUUUGUUCUCCUUCUAUUUGACCCGUAAUGGUACCUCCACCGAUGGUGGUGCUUUGAUUUUGGGUGGUGUUGAUCCCAACCAUUAUACCGGCGAGUUUACCUUUGUUCCCGUCUCCCAAGAAGGCUAUUGGCAAUUCGAAAUCACCUCCGGUGUUGUGGCUGGCGUAAACAUUUGCGACCAGUGCCAAGGUAUUGCCGAUACUGGCACCUCCCUCAUUGCUGUUCCCGAUGAUCAAUACUUAAAUGUACAAUCGGCCAUUGGUGCUUACUACAGCGAUGAAUUCAGUUCCUUCAUGUUGGAUUGCUCGACCAUUGAUAGCUUGCCCGUUGUCACCUUCAACAUUGGUGGUACCAAUUUCACUUUGACCGGUGAGGACUACGUCAUUGAAAUGGAAGGCCUCUGCAUGUCAGCUUUCGAAGAUUCCGGUGCUAAUUUCUACAUUUUGGGUGAUAUCUUCAUUGGCAAGUACUACACCGUUUUCGAUAUGGAUAAUUUGCGUGUUGGUUUUGCCACAGCUACAAACGAAGAAAACAGUGUUUGUAUGACUCAAUAA